AUCCAUAUAAAAAAAAAAAAUGCAAAAGCGAGAAAAAGGAGGUGGCAGAAGCGAAGGGAGAGAAAGAUAGGAGAGAGGGAUAUCAUUUCGGUUCAAUAAGUAAUCGCAUCUUCUGCCAACCCAUCCCGACAUUCCGAUCCCAGUUACCGCUGUUUUCCGCCGCCGUGAAUCAUCUAAAGAGUAUCACUAGCCUCUUUGAAGAAAAAUGCUGAAGAUUCUGUAUGAUACAUGUCAACUUAUCUGUUCAAACAACGGACAAUGCAGAUAUAAUAUCAGAUAUUGAUACUGUUGUACAUAUCUGCGAAGGCUAGAAUCACAUUAUGUCCAGCCCUACAAAAAUUCUGGACCCUGCAUUUCAAGGAGCUGGCCAAAGAGUAGGCACGGAGAUUUGGCGUAUUGAGAACUUUGAGCCAGUUCCUUUGUCAAAGACUGACUAUGGUAAAUUCUACUCUGGAGAUUCAUAUAUCAUUUUACAGACUAGUUCUAGCAAAGGUGGUUCUUACUUGUAUGACAUUCACUAUUGGAUUGGGAAAGAUACUAGCCAAGAUGAAGCUGGAACUGCAGCAAUUAAAACAGUUGAACUUGAUGCAUCUCUUGGAGGCCGUGCAGUUCAACACAGGGAACUUCAGGCUCAUGAAUCUGACAAGUUUUUGUCUUAUUUCAAGCCAUGCAUCAUUCCUCUUGAGGGUGGUGUUGCCUCUGGAUUUAAAAAACUAGAAGAGGAGAAGUUUGAAAAUCGUCUUUAUGUGUGUAGGGGUAAAAGAAUUGUCAGAAUGAAGCAAGUUCCAUUUGCACGUUCUUCAUUAAAUCAUGAUGAUGUAUUUAUCUUGGACACUGAAAAUAAAAUAUAUCAAUUCAAUGGUGCUAACUCAAACAUUCAAGAAAGAGCUAAAUCUUUAGAAGUGAUACAAUAUUUGAAGGAGAAAUACCAUGAAGGAAAGUGUGAUGUUGCUAUUAUUGAUGAUGGGAAGCUCGUAGCAGAGUCAGACUCAGGUGAAUUUUGGGUCCUCUUUGGUGGCUUUGCACCAAUUGGCAAAAAACCAGCAGGUGAAGAUGAUGUGGUUUUGGAAAAAUCUCCUGCAAAGCUCUACAGCAUCAAUGAUGGUCAGUUGAAGUUGGAAGAAGGCUUGCUUUCCAAGGUAGUGCUUGAAAACAAUAAAUGCUAUCUAUUGGAUUGUGGAGCUGAGAUUCAUGUUUGGGUUGGUCGAGUAACACAAUUGGAGGAGAGGAAGGCUGCUUGCAAAGCUGCUGAGGAACUUAUUAGUAAUGAGAACCGGCCAAAGGCAACUCGGAUUAGCCAAAUGAUUCAGGGAUAUGAGACACAUUCAUUCAAAUCCAACUUUGAAUCUUGGCCUUUAGGCAGUGGUAGUACAGGAAUUUCUGGUGGGGAGGAAGGGAGAGGAAAAGUUGCAGCUCUGUUGAAGCAACAGGGUGUUGAUGUGAAGGGAAGCACAAAAAAUUCUCCUGUGAAUGAGGAGGUUCCACCUUUGCUUGAAGGUGGCGGAAAAGUUGAGGUCUGGCGCAUCAAUGGUAGUGCGAAGACACCAAUUCUGCAGGAAGAUGUUGGUAAAUUCUUCAGUGGUGAUUGUUAUAUCAUACUUUAUACAUAUCAUUCUGGUGAGAAAAAGGAGGAUUACUUCCUAGUCUGUUGGAUUGGAAAUGAAAGCAUUCAGGUAAUUAUCGUGGCUUGCAUUUAUUGUCAUCAAAUAAGGAUAUAAAUAUACUUGUUAAAU